AUGAGACCUACCUGGACCAGAGCCUUCCAGGCAAGCUCUAUUUGUCGAGAAAACUACUACCAGAUUCUCGGUGUCAGUGUCAAUGCGACGGGCAAGGAAAUCAAGAAAAAGUUCUACGAGCUUAGCCGUAGAUACCACCCGGACCGGAACAAGGGGGGCGAUCUGGAAAAGUACCAGCAGAUCACCGCAGCAUAUCAGGUUUUGUCGAACGACGAUGCCCGCAAGCGGUUCGAUUUAACGCUGGGCGAGGCUGUCAGACAGCCUGAGGGAUACUCGAGGGCUGGAUCAGCCAGCUGGAAAGGAACAACCCGGGCUCGCUCCGGGUACCAAUUCCAUGCCCACACACCAAAGUACGCUGCCCACAAGGACCGCUCUAACCCCAAUCUAGAUCCACUUCGGCCCAAACACCGCGAUCACAGCGUCAAUGACACGCCGCAUUUCGACGCCGCCAAGCAUUUCGCAGCUCAACAGAGAAACGAGGCGCGGGUGAGAGAAGCUCGUCGCCAGCAAGAAGAGGCUGCCAAGCGUGCGGGACAUUCAGGUCACCAGAGCGGCUCUGGUUCUGCAUUCAUGGGUAUCGCGGGCACGGCAGCCGCAGGAGCUGCUUUAAUUUAUUUACUCUUCAGAUGA